AUGUCAAUAGAAGGUGCAAAAUUGGUAAGAGUGCAUCCAGAAAAGGCUCUCGAGUUUCCGCUUGUGUUGUACAGCUCUGUGACAACUCCUCUUAUUUUAGAGAAUAUCACAUCUUCGACAGUGGCGUUCAAAAUUAAGACUACAGCUCCAAGAGGUUACUUAGUGCGUCCAAGCAGUGGGCUGAUUCAGGCAGGGCAAUCAAAGGAGAUUCAAGUGAUUCUUCAGCCUUUACAAUCUGUCGAGCAAGCCUCUCCUUCUCACAGGUUUUUAAUCCAGACUACAACAUGUGACAGUUCAGUUGAGCAGCUUACAAAGGAUUUCUGGCAAGACCUCAGUAAAGAACAGCUUUUUGAGCACAGAUUAUCGGUCAUUUUUAAGCAGGAAAACAUGGGUGUAAAUGAGCCUCUUUCAUCGAGUGCCAUCGGAACCUCCUCAAAUGCAUCUCAAGGAGUUCCAAAUUCAGUUCUUUCUUCAGGAGUUGGGCCGUCAUCCAGUAGCAAUGUUCAGGUAGGUUCAAUUGACUCCGAAUUUAAGAACAAGUAUGAUGAGCUUGUUCAAUAUUGUUUGGCUCUAGAGAAACAGAGCAACGAGCUUAAGGAAGAGGUGGUUUCUUUGAGAGAAAAACUAGAAAAGUCUGAAUCCAAGCUUAAGUCUUCAAACCAAUGUAACAUCACACAAGGGUUUGAGUUCUGGCACAUAAUCGCAAUGAUUAUUGUUGCAAUCGUUGCUUUGAAACUAAUCAAUUAUUUCUAA